AGCACGCGAGCGCGCGCCGCACUCACCACCGCAGCGCCGCGGCCGCCGCUGAGCCGCCGCCAUGGCCCGCGGGAAAGCCAAGGAGGAGGGCGGCUGGAAGAAGUUCAUCUGGAACUCGGAGAAGAAGGAGUUUCUGGGCAGGACCGGCGGCAGCUGGUUUAAGAUCCUCCUGUUCUACGUGAUAUUUUACGGCUGCCUGGCCGGCAUCUUCAUCGGAACCAUCCAGGUGAUGCUGCUCACCAUCAGCGAGUUCAAGCCCACCUACCAGGACCGAGUGGCCCCCCCAGGAUUAACACAGAUUCCUCAGAUCCAAAAGACUGAAAUCUCCUUUCGCCCUAACGACCCCAAGAGCUAUGAGGCGUAUGUGCUCAACAUAGUCAGGUUCCUGGAGAAGUACAAAGAUUCGGCCCAGAAAGAUGAAAUGAUUUUUGAAGAUUGUGGCAAUGUGCCCAGUGAAAUCAAGGAACGAGGAGAAUUUAACAAUGAACGCGGAGAGCGAAAAGUGUGCAGGUUCAAGCUCGAGUGGUUGGGAAAUUGCUCUGGAAUAAACGAUGAAUCCUAUGGCUACAAAGAGGGCAAACCCUGCGUCCUAAUAAAGCUGAACCGAGUUCUGGGCUUCAAACCUAAGCCUCCCAAGAACGAGUCCCUGGAGGCCUCCCCGGCGCUCAAGUACAGCCCCUACGUCCUGCCGGUCCAGUGCACGGGCAAGCGAGACGAAGACAAGGAUAAAGUUGGGAACGUGGAGUAUUUUGGCCUGGGAGGCUACCCCGGGUUUCCUCUGCAGUAUUACCCCUACUACGGUAAGCUGCUCCAGCCCAAGUACCUGCAGCCGCUGCUGGCCGUGCAGUUCACCAACCUCACCAUGGACACUGAAAUCCGCAUCGAGUGUAAGGCAUACGGUGAGAACAUUGGGUACAGUGAGAAAGACCGUUUUCAGGGACGCUUUGAUGUAAAAAUUGAAGUUAAGAGCUGAUCACAAGCACAAAUCUUUCCCACUAGCCAUUUAAAAAGUUAAAAAAAAGAUACAAAAAACAAAAACCUACUAGUCUUGAACAAACUGUCAUACGUAUGGGACCUACACUUAAUCUAUAUGCUUUACACUAGCUUUCUGCAUUUAAUAGGUUAGAAUGUAAAUUUAAAGUGUAGCAAUAGCAACAAAAUAUUUAUUCUACUGUAAAUGACAAAAGAAAAAAAUAAAAAUUGAGCCUUGGGACGUGCCCAUUUUUACUGUAAAUUAUGAUUCCAUAACUGACUCGUAGUAAGCAGUGUUUCCGGCCCCUGAGUAUUGCUGCCUUGUGGAUCUGAUGUGAUGUACAGUUCUGUAGGUGCACACUCUGGUCAUUUCUCAAGCCAUGUUUAUCGCAUCUGUUUUCUACUGUAUGUGAGCAAGGUUUGCUGUCCAAGGUGUAAAUAUUCAAUGGGAAUAAAACUGGCAUGGUACUUUU